UUGUUACUUCAGGAGAAACGUCUAGAAGGACGGGCGAUCAGUCCUCCGUCCUUUGCUGCAAGGACAGAGAAAUCUAAAUCCAGAUCGUACUCCAGGUCCGACUCUGACUCAAGCGAGGAAGAUGGCGAGGAGGAGAAGGUGGAGUUUAUCACUAGCUUCGGGGGAGGGGAAUCAGAUCAGGAGGGGAAACAUGGGAUCACAUUCAGAAAGCGUAAGAAGGAGUACAAUGACCCGAUUGGACCAGAUCUACCAAGCUCAGAUAGGAAAAAGAGGAGGAGAAGAGAGAGAUCGUCUCAUAGAUCCCGGAGAAAAUCUAGGAGUAGGAGCAAGAGUCGGAGCAGGAGCCGGAGGACCGGAUCUAGAAGAUCCAGAAAUGAUAGAAAUGGUCAUAAAAGUUCAAAGAAGAGAUCAAGAACAAAGUCUGGAUCAAGAUCCAAGCAAAAAGCGAGAACUAGAAGAACAAGAACAAGAUCACGAUCAAGAUCGAGAUCUAAAUCCAGAUCAGGGUCGAAAUCUUCCUCCAGAUGUAGUUUGAGAAGAGGUUCCCAGUCUCCAGUUGAUGUGGGGAGAAUAACUUUUAAAAAUGAGGGAGAUGAACCAGUAUUUAAGUCCGCAGCGCCUCACCUCUCCACCCAUCAAUCUCAAUAUAAACCUCCAACUAAUCACCAUCCUUCUAUGCUGGCCUAUCCCCCGCCUCCUAAACCUGACACCCUGGGAGCUCUGGACUUUCUGGAGAGAGAAGCCACGCCCCCGCCCCAGACAACUCAGGAGGGAAUACCACCAGGCUUCGUCCCGCCUCUGCCAAAAAUUCCACAUCCGGACGAAUUGACGAAGGACUCCUCAGAUUCCUCUGACGACGAAGAGAACAAGAAUGGAUACAGAUCCAAGUACAGAAACAAGCAUGCUUCUAGUGAUGAAGAUACUAAACCAAAAAUACCCAAGGUUGAAAGCGCAGCAUUGGUUAAUCCAUCAGAGAAUUUAGGUGUACUCAGUGUACCGGGGGCAGUGCCUUGUAUUGAACCACCUCCUGUUAAACGGUACUAUGGGAGACGGAAAGAGAAUGAAUCAGACUCUGAACUCUCUAUGGACUCGGAUAACGAGUCUAAAAAAAUUAGUCACAAAAUCAAACAAAGGGUUGAAAAAAAGAUAAAAGAGUCCUCUUCUGCAAAAGAGGAUACCCUUGCUCUCAAGGAGAAAAUACGCAAAAAAAUGCAGCAGCAAAUAAAAAGAACUUACAAGGAGGAUAAAAAAGCAGAACAAGAGAGAUUACGGAAACUAGAGGAGGAGCAAUUUUUCAGAGAAGAAGAGCUGCGUGAGAUUUCUGAGAAGAUGAAGGCUAAAGAAAGGGAAAAGAGAAGAUUGGAGCGUAGUUCCUCAAGGUCCAGGUCUAGGGAGAGAAUAAGGUCUAGAUCGAGAAAUCGAAGAUCACGAAGCAAGGACCGACGAAGAUCAAGGUCCCGGGAUAAGGGAAGUAGAAACCGGCGAAGAUCAAGAUCCCGGGAUGGAGGAAGAAAAUCAAGGUCAAGAUCAAGUUCAAGAAGAGAAUCAAGAAACAAAACGGAAGGCAGACUAGUGGACUACUGAGCUGAGCAAUCAUAAAUGAUACAGAUUCAGAGCUAGAAACUCUCUUAUUGAUUCAAUUUCAAAGUUUGAUCAAUUAGGAAGUAUUAACGUAUUUCGUCCAUUUCAAUUUUCCUGUUCAUUAUUUAUUUAUUCCAUUGUAAACAGAGAUCGAAUUUAAUGAAUGUCGAGAAGGCGUGAAUUGAUCCACGUAAAAGCAAAUCUUUUGAUUGUUCAACUUGAAGUUUUUAAUUUUUGAAUUAUCCAUGUCACUAAAAUCCUGUUACUUGUUGUUGUCUGAAUGGGUUGAAUUGUCGGUGAACUUGAGUAAAGUACUUGAACUGGCGUGGGUAGUUUAGCGGCUUACUCCCAACUCAUUAAAUGCGGUCCAUGGGGUAUUAGAUUUACACUGGUUUCCGGCAGUGUAGCUUUAUUUACUGUAAGCGUAAUUUCAAGUGAUCCUCCUUGCUGAGAUGGCAAGGGUUUCACAACGGUAAUCUUGAAACCUGUCUAAAAAAAGAAUCGAAGAUAUUGUAGUUGUUCUGGGGUUUAAAGUGUUAAAUUUCGAUAAUUCAUUUAUGUUUUCCUGAAGUAUAAAUUCACAAGUCACUAAAGAGAUUACAAUUAUUUAUUCAGUUUUCAAAAUCAUUACUAUUGAUGCCAACUUCAUACUUGAUCAGACAAAGUUUUUAAGGGAACCGUUGUGAAACAGGCAUGGUCACCUUUAGAUGGAGAGUCAUUUAAAAUUACGCUUACAGUUCCUUAAAGAAGCGGAAUAAAAUAAUUAGCAUGAUCAUGGCAAUCUUGAAUCUAAAUGAAGUUCAAUAUGGACUAGAAAUGUUUCAAGUGUGAUUGGGAACAAGCAAGACCGAUUAAAAAUAUGCAACUGUUUAAAAACGUUUAAAAGCAGUAAUUUUAAUCUAGGGCUAACUUAAAAAUCAAACUUCACUACUAAUGAAUUAGUAAAUUCAAAAACCUGUUUACUACUGGCUUUGGGAAUUACAUUGUGUAACACGCAUAAUUGAUAAUUGUACAUUGUUUCAGAA